CCAGCACCAGACAUCCAAAAUGACCAGAGCCACACGCAGAGAGGCCUUAUCAAUACAGAACCGUCUGGACCACCUUUCGGAAGCUUGCAAAUCAUUUUACUCGAAAUCAGUAAAAAUACGACACACGUCUAUUCGAAUCCUGACGUAUCAGAAGCUGAUAUAAAGGCAACAAAAAUCUGAUUCGGAUUGCUUUACUUCUUUUUCACAGCUUGCUCACGAGAAACUCAUUCCAUAAAGAGAGAUUUCUUGCAAUUUUUAUAGAGAUCAUAGUAGUUAACUUAUUGGAGUAACGUUACGAUGAAUUCCUCAGCUCCAUCUCCUUCUUUAUCUUACAAUUCCUUCGUCGAAUUCUGGAGGACAGCCAAGAUUGAUCAGUUUUUUCUAGGAGAAUUAUUGGCUUUUGUGAUCGGGUUCAUGGUUUUGUAUAGUUUUUUCAGAAAGAGGGAGAAAAAUAAUAGUUCUGCUUCCGCGGAGAAUACCAGAGGCCUUAGUAAUGAUCAUGCUAAUGAUCUUACAACGCGUAGUUCUGAAAGUGAUGCUGCUGGAAAUGCAGAUGUUAUCGUUGUAGGCGCGGGAGUUGCUGGUUCUGCUCUUGCCUACACUCUUGCAAAGGAUGGCAGGAGGGUUCAUGUGAUCGAGAGGGAUUUGACCGAGCAAGAUAGAAUUGUAGGCGAACUUCUACAACCAGGAGGUUACUUGAAAUUAAUUGAAUUAGGACUCGAGGAAUGUGUGAAUGAAAUCGAUGCACAGCAAGUUUUCGGAUAUGCUCUGUACAUGGAUGGCAAAAAUACUAAACUUUCUUAUCCGUUGGAGAAAUACGACAAGGAUGUAGCAGGAAGAAGCUUCCAUAAUGGGCGCUUUGUUCAACGGAUGAGGGAAAAGGCAGCAUCACUUCCCAAUGUAAGAAUGGAACAAGGGACGGUGACAUCAUUGGUUGAGCAUAAAGGAACCGUAAGAGGGGUGCAAUACAAAACCAAGAAUGGCGAAGAACUGUCAGCAUACGCCCCUCUGACGAUUGUAUGUGAUGGCUGUUUUUCAAAUCUUCGACGAGCCCUCUGCAAUCCUAAGGUGGAGGUGCCAUCGUCUUUUGUUGGUUUAAUUUUGGAAAAUAUUAAUCUUCCGCACAUAAACCAUGGACAUGUUAUCCUAGCGGAUCCUUCUCCAAUCUUGUUCUAUAAAAUCAGUAGCACAGAAAUUCGCUGUUUGGUUGAUGUGCCUGGGCAAAAAGUGCCAUCGGUUACUAGUGGUGAAUUAGGCCGCUAUUUGAAGACAGUAGUAGCUCCACAGAUUCCCCCGGAGCUGUAUGAUUCUUUCAUAGCCGCAGUUGACAAAGGGAACAUAAGGACAAUGCCAAACAGAAGCAUGCCUGCUGAUCCUCAACCUACUCCCGGGGCACUUCUUUUAGGCGACGCUUUCAAUAUGCGACAUCCUCUGACAGGAGGAGGAAUGACUGUUGCUCUGUCUGAUAUUGUCUUAAUCCGGAACCUCCUGAGACCAUUACGCGAUCUCCAUGACUCAGAAACUCUAUGCAAGUAUCUGGAAUCAUUCUACACCCUUCGCAAGCCUGUGGCAUCUACUAUUAACACAUUAGCCGGUGCACUCUACAAAGUCUUUUGUGCAUCAUCUGACAAAGCAAGACAAGAAAUGCGCAAUGCAUGCUUCGACUAUCUGAGCCUCGGAGGGAUCUGCUCAGAAGGUCCAGUGGCCUUACUUUCUGGUCUAAAUCCGCGGCCACUCAGCUUAUUUCUCCACUUCUUUGCUGUCGCGAUAUAUGGCGUCGGACGCUUACUAAUCCCCUUUCCAUCACCACAAAAAUUGUGGCUCGGUGCUAGAUUAAUCUCAGGUGCAUGCAAGAUAAUUUUUCCGAUAAUAAAGUCCGAAGGCGUUCGACAAAUGUUCUUCCCCGCAACGGUUCCUGCAUACUACAGAGCUCCUCCUGUGUUUUAAGCUUUUGGCCAUCUCUUGUGUUAUCAGAAUGUGGCAACCUGGAGUCAUUUUUUUCUUCUUAGAACAUUCGAUAUUGUAUAAAAAUAUCUGUAUGUUCACUUUCAAUGAAAUUAAAUAAGAAUGAUAAUCAAAAUAA